CUGCACCACAUUCAUCCGCUGCCAAGGGGAGCCGCCGGGCGCUCGCAGGUUCCGUGCGCUCUGUCCGCGGGAGGACCCUGCAGCCGCGCCUCGCCGCCAAGCCCCGCGCCACCGCCUCGUAGCCUCCCAGAGCCAUGGCAGGUCUCGGCCACCCCGCCGUCUUCGGCCGAGCCACCCACGCCUUGGUGCGGACGCUGCCCGAGUCCCUCGGCCGGCACGCGCUAAGGCGCACCAAGGGCGAGGAGGUGGAUUUCGCCCGCGCGGAGCGGCAGCACCAGCUCUACGUGGGCGUGCUGGGCAGCAAGCUGGGGCUGCAGGUGGUACAGCUGCCGGCCGACGAGAGCCUCCCAGACUGCGUGUUCGUGGAGGAUGUGGCAGUGGUGUGCGAGGAGACGGCCCUCAUCACACGACCUGGGGCACCGAGCCGGAGGAAGGAGGUUGACAUGAUGAAAGAAGCAUUAGAAAAACUCCAGCUGAAUAUAGUAGAAAUGAAAGAUGAAAAUGCCACUUUAGAUGGUGGAGAUGUCCUAUUCACAGGCAGAGAAUUUUUUGUGGGCCUUUCCAAAAGGACAAAUCAACGAGGUGCUGAAAUCUUGGCUGAUACUUUUAAGGACUAUGCUGUCUCCACGGUCCCAGUGGCCAAUGCUUUGCAUCUCAAGAGUUUCUGCAGCAUGGCUGGACCUAACCUGAUCGCAAUUGGGUCCAGUGAAGCCGCACAGAAAGCUCUGAAGAUUAUGCAGCAGAUGAGUGACCACCGCUACGACAAACUAACUGUGCCUGAUGACAUGGCUGCAAACUGUAUAUAUCUAAAUAUCCCCAGCAAAGGCCACGUGUUGCUGCACCGAACCCCAGAGGAGUAUCCAGAAAGUGCAAAGAUUUAUGAAAAACUGAAGGACCAUAUGCUGAUCCCCGUGAGCCAUUCUGAACUGGAAAAGGUGGAUGGGCUGCUCACUUGCUGUUCAAUCUUAAUUAACAAAAAGGUGGACUCCUGAGUUGUAGAGUCCCUUGUAGGCGGCAACACUGCACACACUUGGCCGAUGACUCUGUCCCCACUUCUGUUGUUUUCAUUGACAAUCUACUGUGCCACUGGGCUACUAACUCUUGUUUAUAAAAAAUUAACUCUAAGUUUAAUUGCUUCAUUUUGUGCCCACCCUCAAUCUCCUCAUGGUGGUACCUAAACUGUGGAUUUGCUAAAUGAAUUAAGCAAUCUAGAAAAUGUAGAGCUAAUGAACUAUGAAAUGCAAAUAAUAAUAGUAAGGAAACACUCAUUUUAGUGUUCGUAUCCCAGUGUGAAAAUUGCUUAGUUGCCAGUUUAUUGGGAUGAAUGUUUUCUUGAUCAGUCAGAUAAGCUAUGGUUGUUUUCCUUUAUAUCAUUAACCAUCUUUGGUUCCUAUGAAAUUUCCUGGUUCAUGUUAUCUUCCUCUUUUCCUUCUGGUUUCAUUCUG